AUGUUUGCCGCCGGAGCUGGUCAGACAGAAGUGCUUGAAAUACUUGCUGAGCAUGAUACCAAUCUUUGCCUGAAAUAUAAUAGUGGCAGGCAUGCCUUAGAGCAUGCAAUUUACGGGAGUCGUCCUGAAUUGAUUCCUAUGACUAUUAAGACCGUAGUCGGGUUGGGCGCCAAUUUAGAAGCCCGUGGGAGAAAGGGAAGAAUACUGCCGAUGGCUACUGUUGCCUUCUUAAUAGGGAAUACUGCCCUGCUUGUUGUCAAGCAACUGCAUGAUUGCGGCGCUGAUGUUGAGGGAACUUAUACGAAUGAUAAGACAGCAUGGGAAGUCGACAGUGAGAAGCACAAAGAGGAUGUUGCUCAACUCUCCCUGUCCAUCAGAAGAUCGCGUGGAACCCAGGUGCCUAAAUGGUACGCUUGGCCUUCUGAGAGUGAGCUUUCAGUGUCGAACGAGUAA